CAAAUUGUUUUUCAAAACUCCUGGCUUCUAGCGGACGCGUGGGAUCGGAAAAAAGCCGACAAAACGACCGUUAAAAGUUACCGCGUCCCUCGGGUGUCAAUCAACAGAAGAGGUAUAAAUUCGAGAGCGUCGGUUUGAAGGCGAUCAGUUUAAAGCACGCUUGUGGUUGAACAAGCUCCUUGUAUUUGUCCAGUGUGUGUAUUGCCUUCUGUUGUGAUGGACGGUAAAGUUCUUCUGAUUAUUUGCCUAGCUCUUCUUGGGACUGCUCAGGGAUAUACUCUGCGCGAUUUACUGCGAGAACGAGCUCUGAAAAGGUUGAGAGAAUUCGACGCGAAUCAACCGUUCAACGAAGAGGAGACCAGAGCACUACACCGCUUAAAGGAGUACCAUUUUAGACGGCUGUACGACGAAAGUAAAGGAUCAACGUGUAAAGAUAACAAUCCAGAUUGCGCAGGAUAUAUUUAUGAGAACGGCGGUCCUGAAGAGUACUGUAAUGAUCCCGAACCUUACAUACAAGAGUAUGUCAAGGAACACUGCAGGAAAACUUGUAACAUAGACAACUGCAAUGGAGGAUACGGCAAUGAAAUCAAAAUACCAUUUCCCCAAAAACCUGUUUGCAAAAACGCGUUGGAGGGCGUCUGUUUCACUCUCAAAUAUCGAUGCGAUGAGUACUAUGUUGAUAAGUACUGCAACAAGAUAUGUAGUCCUGCAUGUCACUAAAGUAACACCAAAGACACUGGCGAGGCAUUGUGGAUGUCAAUGGAGCUGACACAAGACAGGAAAAAUCUAUCGUUAUUUUUAUUAGUAAAUAACAGCAAUUUAAAAACAGAAUCUGCUAAUGAAAGAAAAUAGCAAACACAUUGGAGUGACAAAAGUUAUUGGGGUUUUUUAAAGUAGAUAUGUCAUUGUAUCGUAAACGCUAACGAGGCUUCUUAUGACCUCUAAGAAGAACUACCGAAGCUCUUUUUGCGAAACACAGCAUGUAUCAGGGUUUUUUUAACGUUUUUAUUGCGUUAAUAAACCUUGUCAAGUUCUAGCCCUGUCUUUGUCACGUAACGUCGACAGAGAGGACCCUUGCGUGACAGAGAGAGGGUCAGUACAAUUAUUAGAUAUAACAAGCCUGACAGUGCGUUUUUGGCCCUGUUAAUAUGAAGAGUAUCGUGUCUUAAAUUACAUAGCGUUGUUGAAUUUCUGGCCAUUUAUUCUGUUAAAAUGUGUGGUUAUAUUGUAAAAUGAGAAACAGUUGAAGAAUGAAAUAAAAUCUUGCGAAAUUUCUUUUAAA